ACUAACAAUAAAAAAUUUUAACAUUUUUGAAAAGUCUAAGCUAGGUUGGUUCCUACUUGAGGACAAACUUUUAUCCAGGGAAGUUGCAGAGAAAUGAAUUUAUGAAAGCAAAUACUACUACUCACCAAUUUUAUAACCAAAUUAAAUUCUUCAUUUUCUGUUACUAAUCAUUUCUCACCCAUUUUUGUUCCCAAUUCUCCAAUUUCUUCACUCUUCAAAUUCCCACGUUUUGAGUCAAUUUCAUGGGCUGUCCACCUUUUUGGUCUAUUUAAUUUUGCAAUUAAUUAGUAUCUUAGACAAAUUCUAAGCUUAAUUUUUUUAUACUUAUUCUGUUGUUUUUAUAUGAUUUUCUAAUUUGGGUAUUCGUCAGUUUGUGGCUUUGAUUGUUCAACUUCAAGCAACUUUAUCUGAGUCCUAGUUGUUCUGCUCAUUUCUGGGUUUUUCUGGGUUUUUUAAUUUAGUUGUUGAGAAGUACUUCAAUUUUUUUUAAUCAUUUCAAGAUCUCAACUUGUUUAGUGGACUUGAUUCUUCUCCUCAUACUUGUUUUCCUCUUCUUCUUCUUCUCUCCCUUCUUCUUCAUCAUAAAGUUUCAUUUUUGACCAAUUUUUUUUACAGUAUUCAAUAAUCAGAUAAUUGCCCAGAAUUUCAGCAAGCAGAAAUAGAGGUACCCUACAAUUUUUUUUGCUUCAAAGUUGCAAUUUUGUUUCAUGUAUAUUUCUGGGUUUUGACUUUUACCUGUUCAAAAUUAUUUUUGGUUGAUUUUAGUCUCUCCUCAUAUAAUCUUGAGGCUCAAAAGUCAGAUAGACUGAUACUUCUAUUUUUCAAAAUUAUUGGAGUUGUAUAAUUUGUUAUUGAGAAUUAGGGUUUGCCCUUUUACAUUAGUAUGAUGGGGAUGGAAGAUGUAAAUGUUGAUAUGAUUUCUGCAAACCCAAUUAGACAAGAAAGUCUGUUAGCAGCUCACAAUUUAUUGAGGGAGUUGGAGGCUAAUGAUAGUCUUCCUGAUGAUAUGAAGAAGGUUUUAGCAGAUCUUGACUUAAAGUUGUCUGCUAUGGAAUUAAAUUUUGAGACCAAUACAAGUGAAUCUGUUGAAUCCCGGAAAGAUAGAGAACUCACUGAUGCAAAAGAGAAGCUGGAAUCGGCUCGUCAGAAGAUCAUGAGUUGGGAAUCGAACUUUGAUGUGAUUUGGGAGUCGGGCCCUGAGGCGCUCUCGGAGUAUAUAGGAGCUGUUGAGGAUGUUGUGGGUUUGGUGGAAGUGUUUAAAAAUAUGUGUAUGAAAGGUGAUGAUUAUGAUAACCAUAUCAUAAUCAUAUCCCGAGCUGAGGAUGUCCUGCAAGUUGCUAUGCAGAGAUUGGAAGAUGAAUUGGUGCAGAUUCUUGCUCAUAGGAGGCAAUCCUAUGUUGCGAGUGAGGUGGAGGAUGAUGCGCUUAAAGAAGAUGGUGGUGGUGCUACGAAGGAACAAGAAAAUGUUGAUUUCGAUUUGAUUGACCCAGAAGCAAUUCCAUUUCUUAAGUCCAUCAGGAAAACCAUGUUUGCUGCAAAGUAUGAUCAGGAGUUUUGCGCAGCAUAUGUAAAGGCCCAAAAGGAAGCAUUGGAAGACUGCUUGAUUGGUCUUGGAAUGGAGACUGUUAGCAUUGAUGAGUUGGUCAAGAUGGCUUGGGACAUUAUAGCUUCAAAGAUCAAGACAUGGACACAACUGAUAAAAACUGCAGUCCAAGUCUAUAUUGUAGCUGAGAAGCGGCUAUGUGAUGAGAUUUUCGGGGAGUCUGAGCCUCCUGCAUCACGUUGCUUGAUCAGCAUCACCGAAUCCUCCAUGACUUGCCUCUUCAACUUUGGCCACGCCAUGGCCCUUGGGCCCCAUACACCAGAGAAGCUCUUCUAUCUUCUCGACAUGUAUGAGGUCUUAGCAGAAGUUCAAGGCCAGAUCAAUAGUCUUUUCUCUGAUGAGGGAGGCUUGUUAGUGAAGACCGAGUUCAAAGAGGUUUUGGGGAGACUAGGAGAUUCAGCUCGAGCAACAUUCUUGGGAUUUGGUGAGGUAAUACUUUCUGAUCCUACAACAGACCCUUUCCCUGGAGGAGGAGUACACCCGCUCUCUAGCUAUGUCAUGAAUUACAUCAUAGUCUACCUCCCUGAUUACUGUAAGACUCUCAACACCCUCCUCCAUGAAAAGAAUGAAGAUGACAAUAAAGUCGUUCCAAAUCAAGUUUCACCUGAGAAAAGCUUGUUAGCCUCUAGUCUCCGCUCGAUUGCUGCCAACUUGAAGUCCAACCUUGAGAAGAAGUCCCAAUUGUACAGGGAUGUUGCCUUGCAGCAUGUGUUUCUCAUGAACAACGCGCAUUAUAUUCAGCAAAAAGUGAUGAACUCCGAAUUACAGAAGAUUUUCGGGGAUGAAUGGAUCAGAACACAGAUAGUGAACUAUCAGCAGCAUGCUACUAGCUAUGUGAGGUCUACUUGGAGCUCAGUGGUGGCCUCGCUCAGGGACGAUGGAAUACCGUCAGGAUCAGGUUCAGGGGUAAAGGUGGUUCUGAAAGAGAAGAUCCGAGUUUUCAGUGUUGCAUUUGAGGAUGUAUAUAGGAACCAAACAGGGUGGUUUAUUCGAGACGAGCAACUCAAGGAAGAGUUGAGGAUUUCCAUCUCUCAGAAGGUGAUUUUGGCAUAUCAGAGCUUCAUUGGAAGGCAUAGCAAGUAUGAUAUUGAGAAGUAUGUCAAGUAUGAUUCUGAUGACUUGGAGAAUUUGCUGAGAGAUUUUUUUGAAGGGUCUCAGAAAUCUUUGAACUACCGCAGAAGAUGAUUCAAUAAGCGAAACAAGAACGAGUUGUAGACUAUAUUUUCAGCAUUGGUUGUAGAUUUGCGUUCAGUUCCUUACUGUGUGAGAUGGUUGCUGUUGUAUGUCCUUUUUUGAUCAUGUUUUGGUGCAAACGAAAUACUUGUAAUUUUGAUGCAUAGAUGUUGAAUGGAAAGCUAUUUUCUGUCACAGAACUUCUGAAGGACUUAGGGAAAGUGGUUGUUUGGUUGAACUAGGAAAGCUCAUUAGUUCUAGUUCUUGUGGAAGGUUAAUCUCUGUGAUUAAUUCAACAAAAAGAAUUACAAAACUUUUGUAUAUUCAUCAACUAUGAUUGUUGAUCUAGAUUAUAAUACUGUAUAUAUUAUGAGUGCUUUCCAAAAUCGGAAAAAAAUCACAAUCUUAUGAAUCAACAAUUCCAAUAGUUUAUUAUUUCA